AUGCACCAUAGAAAAGGUAAAAACGGAUCAUCGAAUGGAAAUGCAGCAGUUGGAAAAUCUAUUGGAAGGAGGGAAAGUGGAAUGGAGGCAAUGGCUAGGUUACGAUACCUGAACAAGAAGCCGUUAUGCUUACAGUACAACGUACCGAACUCUGCUUAUGCUAGAAAACAUUACGCUCCAGGAGCGAAAAGGAAAGAACAAUCCUUCAUCGUUGUAAUCUUAUGCGGAAUUGCCCGAUUGAUGCAAUGGGCUGCCGUGGGAAUCCAGCAAGCAACAGUAGAUUUUCUGGUGAAACCAGCUCAUGAACUGUUUCCAGACGAAUUCCCAGAACAAUGUUUCCAAAGUUCUUUCUACCGUAACCCCAUUCAAAUGAGAAGAAAACCAGGAAAACGAGCGAUAGUUCGGAGGACAGAUGUAUCCAGAAUGUUGCAUUCAAUCAACUUCUAA